CUCCUCCUCCACUUCCUCCUCCUCUUCCUCCUCCUUUCUUCCUCUUCCUCCUCCUACUUCAUAAAUCAAAUGGACAUUCCACGAAACAUCACAGAAUUUUUUCUGCUGGGACUUUCACAAAAUCCUGAGGUGCAGAGAGUUUUAUUUGUGUUAUUUUUGGUUGUCUACCUGGUCUCUGUUGUAGGCAACCUACUCAUCAUGAUCACUAUUAUCUUCAGCCCCACUCUCGGUUCCCCCAUGUACUUUUUCCUCUCUGUUUUGUCCUUUAUUGAUACUUGCUAUUCUUCCUGUAUGACUCCCAAACUCAUCACUGACUCCUUGUAUGAGGGUAGGGCCAUCUCGUUCGAGAGCUGCUUGGCCCAGUUCUUUGUUGCUCAUUUAUUGGGAGGAACUGAGAUCAUUCUGCUCACGGUGAUGGCCUAUGACCGCUACGUGGCCAUCUGUAAGCCCCUGCACUACACCACCAUCAUGACCAGACAUCUUUGUGCCAUGCUGGUGGGCGUGGCUUGGCUGGGGGGCUUCCUGCAUUCAUUGAUCCAGCUCCUCCUGGUCCUUCAGCUGCCCUUCUGUGGGCCCAGUGUGAUUGAUCACUUCGUGUGUGACUUGUACCCUUUGCUGGAGCUCGCCUGCACGGACACCUAUGUCAUUGGUCUGCUGGUGGUUGCCAACAGCGGUGUGAUCUGCCUGGUGAACUUCCUCAUGCUGGCGGCAUCGUACAUAGUCAUCCUGAGGUCUUUGAGGUCCCACAGCGCAGAGGGGAGGCGCAAGGCCCUGUCGACCUGCGGGGCCCACUUCACUGUGGUCGCCUUGUUCUUUGUGCCCUGCAUAUUCAUUUACAUGAGGCCGUCGUCUACUCUGCCCAUAGAUAAAAUAGUGGCUGUGUUUUAUUGUAUUUUGACGCCCAUGUUUAACCCCCUGAUUUAUACCUUGAGGAACGCAGAGGUGAAAAAUGCCAUGAAGAAUUUCUGGAGAAAAUGA